AUGAAGCCCUCCACCCCCGCCGCCGUUAACAGGAUUAAUAAUCGCCCUCGCCGCCGUCCUGACCUAACCCUACCGUUACCCCAACGAGAACCCCAAAUAGCUGUCCCACUCCCUCUCCCACCCUCCUCCGCCACCACUACCUCCUCUCAACUACUCCCUCCGGCUCAACACCAGCAACAACCCAUCAACUUCUCUGAACUCGACCGUAUGAAUAGAAUCGGCAGCGGCAGCGGUGGAACCGUUUACAAAGUUCUCCACCGUCCAACCAACCGCCUAUUUGCUCUCAAAGUAAUCUACGGAAACCACGAAGAUGAAGUUCGCCGUCAGAUCUGUCGAGAAAUCGAGAUCUUACGAGACGUCGAUAACCUCAACGUCGUCAAGUGUCACGAUAUGUUUGAUCACGCCGGAGAGAUUCAGGUUCUUCUUGAGUACAUGGACUGCGGGUCGCUUGAAGGUACACACAUCUCCCACGAACCCUCUUUGGCCGAUCUCACCCGUCAGAUCCUCUCCGGUCUCUAUUACCUCCACCGGCGUAAGAUUGUUCAUCGUGACAUUAAACCCUCCAAUCUGUUAAUAAAUUCGAAGAAACAAGUUAAGAUUGCCGACUUCGGGGUAUCUAGAAUCCUAGCACAAACCAUGGAUCCUUGCAAUUCAUCCGUCGGUACCAUUGCUUACAUGAGUCCCGAGAGAAUAAACACGGAUCUGAAUCACGGAAAAUACGAUGGAUACGCCGGCGAUAUCUGGAGCUUAGGCGUUAGCAUUUUGGAAUUCUAUUUAGGGCGUUUUCCGUUUCCGGUGGGAAGACAAGGCGAUUGGGCUAGCCUCAUGUGUGCUAUUUGCAUGUCACAGCCACCGGAAGCCCCGCCCACGGCAUCUCGUGAGUUCCGUGAAUUUGUGGCGUGCUGUUUACAGAGGGACCCGGCGAGGAGGUGGACGGCGGCGCAGCUGUUGCGUCACCCUUUUGUUACCGGCUUAGCCGGUAACCAUAGCAUCGCGAAUCAGAUUUCGGGUGUGACAGUGAAUUCUUGGAUUGUUGCGUUGAUUAAUAAUAUCGUGUUUGAGUUGUACAAAAAGAUUGGUCCUUUUUUUAUAUAUUUGUCGACAUAA